AUGCCGGAAAGUCAGAAUCUUGUGCAGUGUUAUAAUCGUGGCUGCGGUCAACUUUUCGACCCCAACCAAAACGACAAAGAUGAAUGCCGUCAUCAUCCGGGUAGUCCAGUGUUUCAUGAUGCAUAUAAGGGUUGGUCAUGUUGUAACAAGAAGAGUGUAGAUUUUACAGAGUUUCUAAAUAUUAAAGGAUGUACAGUGUCGAAGCAUUCUAAUGUGAAACCUCCGGAACCAGAGAAAAAGGCUUUGGACAAAGAUUUGGAUAAAAAGGAAGUGAUAGAAGUGAGAGCUCCAGUAGUUGGUCCACAACUGCCAAGACCUCCUUUUGACACACCCUUGGUUACACUGAAACCUACAGUCGCUGAGGCUCUGAAACAAGCUGUACAAAAUACAUCACAACCUACUGCUUCCACUGAUGAUGGAGUUGUAGCGAUCGGCACAGCUUGCAAGAAUGGAGGUUGUGGUGUCACUUAUGACGGUCCACACACAAAUGACAGCAUGUGCACUUACCAUCCUGGCUGUCCGGUCUUCCAUGAAGGUUUGAAAUUCUGGUCCUGCUGUCAAAAGAGAACUACAGACUUUAACACCUUCCUCAGUCAGCCUGGGUGUACUACUGGCACUCAUAAAUGGACUAAAGAGGGUACACCAGCUGGAACAGUCAAGUGUAGAUGGGAUUGGCAUCAAACACCUGACUAUGUUAUUGUAAGUGUGUAUGCCAAGAAAUAUGACCCAGUACUAAGUUUUGUCAAACUGAACCCUAUUCGUCUAAAUACAAAAUUAGUAUUCCGAGAGCAAGGUGAUGCAUCAUUUGACUUAGAUCUGGAGCUUAGAGGUGUUAUUAGUGUGGAAAAUAGCAGUGCAUCAAUGUUGUCAACAAAGAUAGAGAUCAAACUGAAAAAGGGUGAACCAGGUGCAUGGAGUAAAUUGGACUUCCCUCGCACAGAGCCAAAGAAAGUGGAGAAAAAACCACAAGAUGUCCAACCUGCAGAAGAUGACUAUGAAGACUUGUCCACUGUUGAAGCAGUACAAUCUAUGGGGAAAGUCAAUGUGUCUGGUUGA